AGCCAACCAUGUGCAUGUGAAAGAGGCUGACUUACAAGAAUCUGCUCCCGAAAGCCCAGCGAGGCCCAGGGCCAACUUCCACUUUAUUCUGGAUGUUUUCACUUUUGGGGCAUCCUGUUCUGAGUCAAGAUUCCUCCUUCUGAACAUGGGACUUCCCAGAAGGACCACAGCUCCUCCCGUGCACCCACUCAGCCCGGGAGGUUCUGGAUUUUGGUUGUUGAAGGAGUUUACCUGCCUCACCAAAGAAGGAUGGCCAUGAGGCCCCUGUGGAGUCUGCUUCUCUGGGAAGCCCUACUUCCCAUUACAGUUACUGGUGCCCAAGUGCUGAGCAAAGUCGGGGGCUCAGUGCUGCUGGUGGCAGCACGCCCUCCCGGCUUCCAAGUCCGUGAGGCUAUCUGGCGAUCUCUCUGGCCUUCAGAGGAGCUCCUGGCCACAUUUUUUCGAGGCUCCCUGGAGACUCUGUACCACUCCCGCUUCCUGGGCCGAGCCCAGCUACACAGCAACCUCAGCCUGGAGCUCGGGCCACUGGAGUCUGGAGACAGCGGCAACUUCUCCGUGUUGAUGGUGGACACAAGGGGCCAGACCUGGACCCAGACCCUCCAGCUAAAAGUGUACGAUGCAGUGCCCAGGCCCGUGGUACAAGUGUUCAUUGCUGUAGGAGGGGAUGCUCAGCCCCCCAAAACCUGCCAGGUUUUCUUGUCCUGUUGGGCCCCCAACAUCAGUGAAAUAACCUAUAGCUGGCGACGGGAGACAACCAUGGACUUUGGUAUGGAGCCACACAGCCUCUUCACAGACGGACAACUGCUGAGCGUAUCCCUGGGACCAGGAGACAGAGGUGUGGCCUAUUCCUGCAUUGUCUCCAACCCUGUCAGCUGGGACUUGGCCACAGUCACGCCCUGGGACAGCUGCCAUCAUGAAGCAGCACCAGGGAAGGCCUCCUACAAAGAUGUGCUGCUGGUGGCGGUACCUGUCUCGCUGCUCCUGAUGCUGGUUACUCUCUUCUCUGCCUGGCACUGGGGCCCCUGCUCAGGGAAAAAGAAAAAGGAUGUCCGUGCUGACAGGGUGGGUCCAGAGACAGAGAACCCCCUUGUGCAGGAUCUGCCAUAAAGGACAAUAUGAACUGAUGCCUGGACCAUCAGUAACCGCACUGCACAGGCACACGAUGUUCGGGGACAUAACUGGUGCCUGGAAAUCACCAUGCUCCUUAUACCUCCCAUGGGAAUCCUGUCCUGCCUCGAAGGAGCAACCUGGGCAGCCAUCACACCACGAGGACAAAAAGCACCAGCACAUUUCGGACCUCCCCCUUCUCUCUCCCAUCUUCUCAUAUCCUGGCUCUUCUCUGGGCAAGAUGAGCCAAGCAGCACAUUCCCUCCAGGACACUGGAAGUUCUCCAGGAUCCAGAUCCAUGGGGACAUUAAUAGUUCAAGGCAUUCCCUCCCCCACCACUAUUCAUAAAGUGUUACCCAACUGGCACCAAAGAAUUGCCUCCAGCCUGAGUCUUAGGCUUUAAAAUAUAUUAGAUAUUUGAACUGAUAGAG